GGCAAAAUUGGACAAAACAUUGCCUUCUCCAGUAGAGUCAUUUAAAAGGUAGAGAGGGAGGAGAGGGUCUGCUGGAGUUGCUUGCAAAGUAAGUAAGCAAUGCUUGGCUUUGGCGAAGGAAGCAUUUAAGCUUCGCUGAUGGCUCGCAAAGCACAUACUCUCCUAUCCAGCGGUGUUCGCUUCUGACAAAAGCCCUGCUGCUCUUUUGAGGGGGGGGGGGACUCCCAGUCUCUGUCAAACUGGGAGAGCAGGCAGACCAUUAUGUAUCUGAGCUCUGCGGUGAUGUUUGUGCUUCGGCAAAGUGUGUGGAGCGAAGACACCAACUGUGAAAAAAUCACCUUCGCCGUAAGGAUCUAGCAGUGAUUGCCAACAGCCCUGGAUUCUCCGCAUUGCCGGGAAAUAGGAAGAUUUGUCUUCAUUGUAAGUGCCCACGGGAGGACCACAGCGCUACAGCGAUGCCACUGGAGAUGGAGAAGACCAUGAACAAACUGAUGUUUGACUUUCAAAGGAAUUCCACAUCCGAUGACGACUCCGGCUGCGCUCUGGAAGAAUACGCCUGGAUUCCUCCCGGACUGAAACCAGAACAGGUCCAUCAGUACUACAGCUGUCUACCUGAUGACAAAGUCCCAUAUGUCAAUAGCCCCGGCGAAAAAUCCAGGAUAAAGCAGCUCCUGCACCAGCUGCCACCGCAUGACAACGAAGUUCGGUACUGCAAUUCAUUAGACGAAGAAGAAAAAAGAGAGUUAAAGCUCUUCAGCAACCAAAGAAAACGGGAGAAUUUGGGAAGAGGAAACGUCAGACCUUUUCCAGUGACGAUGACGGGGGCGAUUUGCGAACAGUGUGGCGGUCAGAUCAACGGAGGGGACAUCGCUGUCUUUGCGUCCCGGGCAGGGCAUGGCGUCUGCUGGCAUCCUCAGUGUUUUGUGUGCAGCAUUUGCAACGAGCUCCUCGUCGACCUCAUUUAUUUCUACCAAGAUGGAAAGAUUUACUGUGGCAGACACCACGCUGAGUGCCUGAAACCUCGCUGCGCGGCGUGUGACGAGAUUAUAUUUGCAGACGAGUGCACGGAGGCGGAGGGGAGGCACUGGCACAUGAAGCAUUUCUGUUGUUUUGAAUGUGAAACCGUCCUCGGCGGUCAGCGCUACAUUAUGAAGGAAGGGCGGCCAUACUGCUGUAACUGCUUUGAAUCAUUGUAUGCCGAGUAUUGCGACACGUGUGCCCAACAUAUAGGUAUUGACCAAGGUCAGAUGACAUACGAUGGCCAGCACUGGCACGCAACCGAGAACUGUUUUUGCUGCGCUCAUUGUAAGAAGUCUCUGCUGGGACGUCCCUUUUUACCCAAGCAGGGGCAGAUAUUUUGUUCCAGAGCGUGUAGCUCAGGCGACGAUCCAAACGGGUCGGACUCUUCUGAUUCCGCCUUUCAGAACGCGAGGGCGAAAGAAUCUAGACGUAGCGCAAAAAUUGGCAAGAACAAGGCCAAGUUGGAAGAGGGCAACAUGAAACAGUGCGGCCCGUUACACGCGGCCGCCAAUCGGCAUUCCACCGACGUGGAUCCCCUGUCUUUGCAGAUGGAUUUACUAAGCGUCUCGAGUCAAAACCCAAGCCUGAACAGGGAUCAGUUAUGGAGGAGCAGAGAUGAACUCUACCAUUACGGUAAUAAGAUUGAAAGAAGCCAGUCGCAAAGCCCUUUGCAGCUACUCAGCCAGUGUAACAUUAGGACUUCUUACAACAGCCCUCACGGAGCCGGCGCCCAACCCGAUAUGUGGGCAAAACAUUUCAACAACCAGAAAAGAAGUCUGUCCAUGAUGGGGCAGAGCGAGAGCUUCUCCCAGGACAGCAGAGAGGAUUAUUACCAAGGGCGGCUCAGGCAACAGGAAAGCUUCAGCGACGCGUCCAACCACAGCUUCAACGAGGCCAGAUCAAGCCUCCGGGUUCCGAAAUUUGAAGACGCGAAGGGGAUGAACGCCCAGCAGUGUCGAAGCAGGCAUCCCAUCAACGCACUUAAAUUCCCCGAAGGAUUAACCCCAACAGAACAAACGCCUAGAGGCUCGAUGGAAUCUCUUGCUCUCUCUAACGUCACAGGUGUUUCUGCGGAUGGAGGCCCCAAACGCCAAGAGCAUUUGUCUCGGUUUUCAAUGCCAGAUUUGAGCAAAGAUUCCGGGAUGAACGUGUCGGAAAAACUCAGCACCAUGGGGACAUUGAACUCUUCCUCUCAGUUCCGGAGCGUUGAGUCGGUCCGAAGUUUAGUCUCCGCGCAACAGUAUCAAGACAUGGCCCAAAACCUCAGUCUUACCAACCCGGGCAAGUAUAGGGAUCUUCCACCCCAUGCGAGGCUGCAUCACGGAUACACGUUCGAUGCGGGGAUGUCCAUGAACGAAAUGCCUGCUCAGCCGAACGUUAAAAUGACGCCAAUGAGCGAGCGGACCAGGAGACGAAACCAGACUCGUGAUAAUGAGCAGCAGUACCGCCACCAUCGUCAAAGGAGGUCAAGGCGCUCUCGUUCUGAUAAUGCCCUUCAUUUGGCCACCGACCAGUGCAGUAAACUAAAAGAGAAACCAUUGGUGAGGACCAGGGAGGACUACGAGCGAUUCAUGCAACAAAGGGGUGGAAGAGAUCCAAUGGAUCAAGCCGUCAGACGGGAGAUGUACAACCGGUAUCAGAGAACCGCGUCAGACCUUGCUUUACAAAACCACCUUUGUGAAAGAUGGGGGCCUCAGAUGAAUGAGUACGACUGGUGCUCCACGUGUUCCUCUUCUUCCGAAUCAGACAACGAAGGCUACUUCUUAGGAGAACCAAUCCCGCAACCCACCCGGCUCCGAUACGUUACCAGCGAGGACCUUAUACAUCAGUACGGCCAAUGUUCAGGCGGCAUACCCAAGUCUUCCACCUUGGGCGGCCGGGGCCAACUACACAGCAGGAAACGUCGAAAAAGCAAAAACUGUAUCAUUUCAUAGUGGGGUCGUCACACACGGCAAUAUCCACGGGCGGGAAAUCCAAACGAAUAACCCACGGACUUGCACUGCUCUCUAUUUUAUAGCGGAAAGAGUAUUAAAGUAACGCGUACAUCAAGCCCAAACGAGAGUUCAUGAUCCGAUGGUAAUUAGGUGAGAUAAACAGUCACAUCGGUUGAUAUAGUGAAUAUUGUAUUUUAAUAAUUAUUAUUUUUUUUUUGCACAUUUCACUUUAAAAACCUCAGUAGUUCAGUGCGCCAAAAAAAAAAAUUAAAAAAAAAAAAUACUGCCAUGCUUCUGUCUAAAUGAGAAUAUACUGUAUGUUCUGGUUUGGAAUGUAUGCCGUACCCCGAUAUAUAUGCUGCUCACGUACCCCGAUUUACGCUCCUAUUCUUUUAUUUUUUAUUUUUUAUUAUUAUUUCACGCUGAUGUUCCCCUGUGUUUUAAGUUAUUUAUGCUCUCAUUUGUAAAUUGAAUGUAAAUGAAAGUUCCGAUAAACUAUUUUUGUAUUUUGUAAUAUGGAAAUGAGUUUCUAUGUCCUAGGAAUCUUAGCGGUAAUUGGACCUGCAUGC